ACUUUUCCCCCCCCCAUCCCCCAGGCCCGCUCAUCCUACUGUCUGUCCACAGCCACGCCCCUACCUAUGCCACCAAACGCCCUUGCCCUGGACCCUCCCCCUGUAUCCAGUAACAUCCGGAACCAAAUUCUCUCAGAAAUUCAGGCUGUUGGCACGAGAGGCGGAACCACUCCCAACUCCAGUACCUCCCUAUUCAGAGCUGAUAUUCCAUUGAAUCAUCCUCUGAGACCUCUUCUCGAGGCUUCCCUUGAUUCUAUUUUUCAAGCCGUUUCCCCCAGAACCUUGCAAUCAUAUUUAACAUCAUGGAAAUGCUUCAAAGCUUUCCAUUCCGCCUACAACCUGCCGUUCCCCGAUUUUUCCCUACUCUCUAUCACUUCAUUUAUAUCACACCUCAACAUUAACAAAAAUCUCCAAGUCAGCUCCAUUAAAAGCUAUCUAAGUGGAAUUCAGUUUUUCCAUAAACUCAUAUACGGUUCACCCUCACCUCAAAUAGCCAAUUCACAGACCUCCCUUCUCAUCAAAGGCAUUCAAAGAGCCCAUCCCACUUGCCCAGACACCAGGCAACCCAUAACAUUAAAAAUCUUGACUAAAUGCAUUUCCACACUCCGCAGAGGUUACCAUUCCAUCCACACCACUCGUACGCUCGAUGCUAUGUUUAUCCUAGCCUUCUUCGGCUUUCUCAGAUGCUCCGAGCUCACUACCACUUCCACCUUUAACCCGAAUAUCCACCCCACUAUUUCUGAUCUAGCAGUCCUGGACGACGAAGCCAUGUCAUUCUUUAUAAAGCAAAGACAGACAGACCAGACAAAGAAAGGCCACUUUAUUUACAUUUUCAACCUUCAAUCACCUAUACUCCCAUAUCAAGCCCUCCUAGCCUUCCUUCAGCUCAGGAAAUCCCAAUCCAAAUCACUUGCCGACCCUCUUUUUACAGAUGAUUCUAACCGCCCCGUCUCCCGUUUUUGGUUCCAAAAACACCUCAAGUCUGUCCUACUACUUUCCGGUUUCCCAGCCGAUGAUUUUUCCAGCCAUUCUUUUAGAAUAGGCGCAGCCACCACAGCGGCUCAAAAAGGCCUUUCUCAACAGCAGAUCCAAUCACUCGGUCGCUGGUCAUCAGAAGCCUUUAAAAACUACAUCCGAUCUGACCGCUCACACAUCAAGGAAGCCCACCAAACCCUCAUCAGUCACCCCCUUUUUCCCUAGUCUGCCCAUCUCCAUUUAGCACCCCGCUCCUGCAGGAAUUUUCAAUUGCCCCUUUGCCUCAAGUAACGACUGCUCCCGC